AUGUCUCGCUCUCGGACAGAUGACUUUGGAUAUGCCUAUCCUCACGUUGAGCUCAACUUUGACAACUUCGAGCUCAACCUCGACCUCGCUACUUCGAAUCCAGGUUCACACUCUCCCUCGUCGCGUCCCAACUUCCGUCUCCCAGCCUCUCUCGCCGAACGUCUGUCUGCUCUUCGCUCUGAGCGAUCAACACGGAGUCCUCUCUUGACUCUUCCAAGGCUCGUGCCUGAUGACACAUCUGAACCUCAACCUACAUCAGUGACUGAGCCUUCCCAAGCUUGGGCGCCUGCUACCACUGCCACGUCGCAGGAAUCUCCUUUGUUGGGUGCUACAGCUGCGAGACCGAGAACAGAAGGAGAAGGGCAAAUAAGGGAAGACAACACGGCUUUGAUAUCUCGCAUAUUGUCUGUCGCAGCUGCCACCACUGCCGCUACUCUCCUCGAUGGUGAUCAAGAAGCAAUAGCAGAAGCUCAUAGCGUGAGCGGCGAUGGUACUUUCAGCAACUUCCUCCAGUCCUUGGAAAGUGGUCGUUUGGCAUCAGCUCUCAGACAAGGGGGUCAGACUUCGGCCAAUGCACCCCUCAACUUCUUCCGAAUGUUUCGCUUUGGUUCGGCGAGAGAUGCUCCUAGAGAUGCCAAUGACCCAACGUCUGCUCAGUCAGCUGGCGCUGAUGGACGCAUGGUUCCAGUCAUCAUUGUGGGUAUCCGAUCUGUAAACCAAACAAACGCGAAUGGUGCUCAAGAUGCCGCCAUGCCACCUUUUCUGGAUGCCUUGUCUGCCCUGCCAAGAUCACCCUUGAAUGGCGAGAGUGACAGUAUCGACCACAUUCUAGAUCCGACACCGACACAUCGUUUCAGUCAUCGUCGACGGGCUUCCAUGGGUGGUCAAUCCAACUUUCCAGCGGCAUAUGAUUCCCAACGUCACUCGUUGACCCCCGAUCGUACACGAUCGCGCUCCAUAAACACCUCUCGACCCCCUUUAAGCCCUGCUCUUUCGCGAGUAGGUUCGGCCAGCUCUGCUAUCCCGCCCCAACGUCCUACGUCUAGCCGUUCGAAUUCCAACUUUUCUGACCGUCGUGAGAGCAUCAUUCGGACCACUACAACAACCACAACCCUCGAAACUACGGCAGAGAACGCCCCACUUAGACCUCGCCCGCAUCGACCGCGCCGACUUAGCGAGUCAGACUAUGGACAUCGUGGUUACUCUUCUCGGCGUAAUGGUUUUGUUGAACCCGAUAAUGCAGCAGGCGAGAAUACCCGUAGUUGGAUUAUCUAUGUCCUCGGUGGAAGCUAUCCCGAGAAUCACCCCAUCAUUACUACCCCAAGUCUUUAUACAGACUCGCCCACUUACGAAGACAUGAUGCUUCUCUCAGCGCUUCUAGGACCUGCCAAGCCUCCUGUGGCCAGCGAGCAAGAUGUUGCCGAUGCUCCCGGCAUCUUCAGAAUCCAAAGUACUGAGGAUUCUCUCGUUGCUGUUGCCCCUGAAGGUGAUGACAGGAUUACUUUGAGCUCCGAGCAACGUUGUCUUGUAUGUCUCUGUGAUUUUGAGCAUGACGAAGAGGUCAGACGCCUUGUCAAAUGCAACCAUCUCUUCCACAAGGAGUGUAUCGAUCAGUGGCUUACCAAAGGCCGAAAUUCUUGUCCACUUUGCAGAGGGCAAGGUGUCGAUGAAAAAGAGAAAACUCCUACCGAAGACGCACCUUCGAGUCCUCCAAUCGAGGUUGCUUCCACUCCAGACACGUCCGUCACGUUCUGA